AUGAAGCCAGCAGAGAUCAGAUUCUCUCUACAGAGACCUCUACAGCACAGAGAUCCAGCCAUGGCACCUACAAUCACUGCAGCAAUGACCAAUUCUCAGGAGCAUCUCACUCUGACCCACAAGCUCAGAAAGCCUCUGGUGGAGAAGUUACGCAGAGAGCGAAUCAACAGCAGCAUCGAGCAGCUCAAGUCUCUCCUGGGUCCAGACUUCCUCAAACAGCAGCCAGACUCCAAGCUGGAGAAAGCAGACAUCCUGGAGAUGACAGUUUGUGUCCUGAGACGACUGCAGCAGCAGCAUCAACAGCAGAGAAGACUGCUGAACCACGUCAACAAGCUGCAGUCUUCCUCUGACAACAACCUGACAGAGGCUGACUUCUCUCCUCUGAGCUCCACAGUCCACACCAGCAUCACCAAAGACAAGAGUCCAGACAACAGCGCCCUCUGGAGGCCGUGGUAGACACCAACUCACUGGAGUUACUGCCACACAAACUCUCAUGACCACAUUGGUCAAAGAUUACUGGACUGAAUCCUUUGAAAUUUGAUGGACUUGUUCUUCUGUAUGUACAGAAGGCUGUAUUUUGUGUAUUGAGUUUGUUCAAGAUGACAUUUCCUGAGGAAAUGACAGCAACAAUAUCUUUCAAGUUGAGAAAGAGAACCUCUUGUCAUGCAUGUUGCAUGAACAACAUCUGAUUGCAUCAGCAAUUAUUAUCAUACCUCACUGUACUUCAUGUGUUGGUAGUAUAUGCUAUGAUAACAUUUGUUAUCUUUUGAUUCUUAUUGAUCACAUUGAUCAGAAAACUUUAACUGUCCUUUUUAUGGACAUAUUGUCAUGAUGAACUUUAAUCUCUGAUUAAUCAAAACUGAUCUGCUGUCAGAUCCAAAUGUUUAUACUUUGUUCUAAAAGUUUUGCUGGAUGUCACAAUUUUUCUGUGACACUUUUAAUGAUUCACCUCAUGAAAUAUAUUAUUAAGACUAAAUGCAAUAAUGAUAUCUACAAACUUUGAUUAGUAAUGAUCAUUUUGAUCAAAAUUCUUAAUUUGUCCUUUUUACGGACAUAUUGUCAUAAUUAUCUUUAAUCUCUCUGAUUAAUCAAAACUGAUCUGAUGUCAGAUCCAAACGUUUAUACUUUUUGCUAAAAGUUUAUUUUAUGUCACAAUUUUCCUGUGACACUUUUACGAUUCACUUCACGACAUGUAUUGUUCAUAUAUAAUACAAUGGUGAUAUCUUUAACCUCUCUACUGAUAAUGAUCAUUUUGGAUCAAAAUUCUUAAUUUGUCCUUUUUGAGGACAUUUUGUCAUAUUGGACUUUACUUCAUUUUAUAUGAUUACUGAAAAAUGAUCCGUUUAAGAUCAAUAUGUUUAUCUUUUGACUGUAAAAGGAUUGUUAAACGUCACAAUGUCACAGUUUUCAUGUGACAAUCUCAGUUUUACAUUUUGAGAAUCAACUGAAUUUAAUGUUAGAAUGAUGUGACCUGUUUAAAGGUCAGUUUUUAUUAUUGUAUGUUUUGUUUACAAAAUACAAAUGUUUUAAUCCACUUGAGAAAAAAUCUAAAAGGACAUUGAGGUCUGUGUCCUCAAAUAUUGAAAGUCAUUUGUCUUUUAUAAAGACAGCUGUUCCUUUACUCUCUCUGAGUACAGUGUGUCUUGUAGAAAUCUACAAGUUGUUGUUGUGAUGCAUCAUCACCUCUAGAUGGAGCUUUCUCACUUCAUGUGGCUCAUUGUGCCUUGUUGAAUAAACCAACACUGCAAACUGAAAAUGUUGUCUCCUCAUGUCAUUGUGUGUCUUGCUUUAUGAUGCUAAAAGACAUGACUUUAUACAGUUACAUUGUCAUUUUCACUCAGCUGCUAAAUGUCUAUAUCAGUGUUCCUACAUCUCACUGACAAAUCGAGAUACAUUUAAGCACAUUUAUAAAUGAUGUGUACAUAACAUACCUGUUUAAAAGAAAAUCUGAGCACAGAAAUGUGGUUCAGUUUUAUUUUCUGAUGAAGAGGGUCAAAGUGAAGUCAUCAAAGAAAACUAAAACCCUUCCAAUACUUAGUCAAUUUAGCUGCCGCACCGUUUUAGUGCUAUUAAAAGUUUCAUGGUUGAGGUCUAAAAUUUAGAAUUUCCCCCAUUAAAGAUGUCAGACAUUGUGGCUAAUGAGAUGCAUAAUACGACACACUUCUAUUGUUCGUCCAGUGAAAGCAGUGAAAGGACAGAGUGUGGGAAACCAGAGGAAACUCACUCACAGAGCCCUGUGAGACAAUAGAUCCAGACCUUUGCCCUGAAGAGACAGAUUAAAAGAGGACUGUGGCUGUAAAACUGAAUUUUAAGAAUAUGUUUCACAUCACAUACAACAUUUGAACUAUUUUAUGAUAAAAUCUCCUUUACCAAUUUUACAUAUAUUGCCAUUCCCUAAAGUUUGGGUUAACACACUCGCUCAAAGUCUUUCUGUCACUCGAGUGACUUAUGAAAAUUGAUUAUUGUGUAGGAUGUAAAAUUAAAGAUGUUUUGAUGGUUUCUUUUCACUAAAAUUUUAGGCCUCAUUACAUUUUGCAUUUGACACUGGAAAAGAGAAAGGUCUGGUGUAACACUGGGCUGAAAGAAGUCAGUGUUGAGUCAAAAUACAUUACUAAAACCAAGUCACUGAUGAUGUACGCAGUGAAUACAGUUUACUUUUCCAAAAUACAUUUUCCAAGUAUUAAAAUGAAAGAGGAUGUUUCUCUGCUGGUCUCAAUUUCUACUAAUGUUACUCUACAUAUUUUCUUGAUUGAAUCUUGAUGAGCUAAAAAUUUCAAAAAGAAAUAGAAAAAACACAAUGGCCUCCAAAAGAGAGAAACUCCUCUAUCAGAAGUCAUAUUUAGACGUAGACACGUGCCUGACUUUCUUUUAAUAGGCAGCGUGUGGGAAAACUGUGGAGAACAGUGUUUAGUAUGAUUAGCAUCCUCAACCCCACCAGCAGCAGCAGACUAUUCUCUAAAGGGAUUUGGCACACUUCAGGAAACAGCUGCUCCAACCUCCCAUUCUCAUCUACAGAGCUGAAAUAUUAUCCAGUUACUGAUACAAAGGAACAACUAUGAUUGGAUCAUCAAACUCUAUGACAAGCACUGGAAACUAAAAAGUACAUUUUCAAAAUCAAUAUAGCUGGUUAGAAUGUGAAAAAUAUCAUAAAAUGUGAAACUGUAUAAACUUUCUGAACCAGCCAAUGGUGUUCUUUCCCUCCAGAUGGUUGCUGACGUCAGGCUCUGUUUCUACUACAACACACGUUCAGUAUCAGUCACAAAAGCUCCAUUCAAAGUCCUUUUGUUGUUCAUUGACCACAGCAUUCAGGGAGUCAGUGUGGGAAACUGAGACCAACUUUCUACUCACACUGACUACAAAGUACAAGUCAGAAGACAAGACAGUGGAACAUCUGGACAGCAAAAAGAUUCUUGUUCUCAGGGUUUAGUUGUUUUUUUCAAAUGACUUUAGAAUAUAUUUUGAAGACCACACUCUUUAAAUACCUGAUAGAACUGUUAUUAUAAAAUACAGUAAUGUUUUUGUUAUUAAAUUAAAGGAAAAAACAGACGCAAGCAUUAAACAAACACUGAAACUGCAUGAAUGACACUUUCUGUGUUUUAGAUUAUACCAUAAUAAAACUCAUUUCCAUGAAAAAUCUAAUUCAACUGAUUAUCAAUUUACAGGGAUUGAUUUGUCCUACCAAAGGCCAAAACUUCCAAAUUAAGAAUACAUCAAAACAAUGGGAAAAGAAACAGCAAAAUUAGAGCUUUCAGAGAA